GUGAAACGGAGUUCGCCUCCUCCGCAUGCGAUCAGCGCGGCAGCAGCCCAGACAGGCCCGCACGCACGCGGGACAGGAUGCGGGAGUCGCAGGGUUCACGUGGCCUCUCGUAGCCCGCUUUGCCGCUCCUCCGACCUCCGCUGGCCUUAGGGAUGCUGACAGAAGUGGGCUUUUCAGAAGAAACCUGGCAGAAGAAGAAAAAAAGAUUUCCGGUGCGUUCCGAGCGUUUGAAUAGAACAGUGUAGUUCGGACCAGAAGAAGACGCGAGAGCAGAGAUGCUGGGUGGGGAGGGGGAGCGCGGCGGCGGAUUCCCCCCGCGCGACGACGCGGCGGACGACGGCCGGAAGUCUCCCUCCGGCACCGAUGCUGCGGGCCGCAGCAGAUACACGGACCCCGCGGUCGUCUCGGAUCGAUACUUUCUCCCGUCCAAACAAAGCACGGACGGGACCAAUCCCUGCUCUUUUCUCCCGUAUGCCGGCCAGGCCGGCGCCGUUUACACCCCAUCGAGCACGGCGAGGUACCCCGCCCCGCUCCACCUGGGCUCCGUGCUGCCACCCGCCGGGCUCUCCCCCGCGGUGUGCGCCGCCGGCCGCCCCCGGUUCAGCUCGCCUUACCAGUUCGCCCAGAGCCCCGGCUGCAUUUAUCCGCCGUACACCGGCUCAGGGCCCGGUAUUAACCCGGUGUCGUUGUCCUCCGCCGGGACUGGAGCGAGGCCCCAGGUCUACCUCUGCAACCGGCCGUUGUGGCUCAAGUUCCACCGUCACCACACCGAGAUGAUCAUCACCAAACAGGGCAGACGGAUGUUCCCGUUUCUCAGUUUUAACAUAGCCGGCCUCAGCCUGUCGGCGCAUUACAACGUGUUCGUGGAGGUCGUGCUCGCAGAUCCAAACCACUGGAGGUUCCAGGGGGGAAAGUGGGUCACAUGCGGCAAGGCGGACAGCAAUAUGCAGGGGAACAAAGUGUACAUCCAUCCCGAAUCUCCGAAUACGGGGGCCCAUUGGAUGCGCCAGGAAAUCUCCUUCGGAAAAUUGAAGCUUACCAAUAACAAAGGGGCCGGUACCAGUAGUUCCCAGAUGAUUGUCCUGCAGUCUCUGCAUAAAUACCAGCCGAGGCUGCACAUGGUGGAGGUGACUGAAGAUGGGGUGGAGGAUAUGAGCUCUGACAUGAAGACUCAGACCUUUACCUUUCCAGAGACCCAGUUCAUAGCUGUGACUGCAUACCAGAACACUGAUAUUACACAGCUGAAAAUCGACCACAAUCCCUUUGCCAAAGGAUUCAGGGACAACUAUGAUUCGAUGUACACUGCCCAAGAGAACGACCGUCUCACCCCGUCCCCAACAGACUCCCCCCGCUCCCACCAGAUCGUCCCCGGGGCCCGCUAUGCCGUGCAGCCCCUCUUCCAGGACCAGUUCAUCAAUAACCUACCACAGAACCGCUUCUACAACAGCGAGAGGGCCGUGCCGCAGACUAACAGCCUGCUCUCUGCCCGGACAGAGGACGCAGCCUCGCAGAGGUGGUUUGUCACCUCCGUGCAGCAAGGACCAAGCGGGGGCGUCGCCAAUGGCAAACUAGAGCUGACCCCUUACGAUGGGGAAUACUCCAGCACUCUGCUUCCCUACGGUAUCAAAUCCUUGUCCGUGCAGACACCACAAGCUCUCAGCUAUUACCCAGAUUCUCCUUUCACCGCCAUGUCUGCAGGGUGGGGGUCCAGGGGGGCAUACCGGGGGAAGGUCACUCCCAGCCUGUCCUGGUCUCCUAGGCCCAGUCCCACCGCAGUUUUUCAAGAUGACUCAGACAAGGAGAAGCCACAGACGGAGGAGAUCAGCGGCAGCAGCGGGGUUCUGAUCUCCACCUGGACGGACACACAGCCACCACCUCUUUCCCUAGAAACAGCCUGCAAGCGACGGCGCUUGUCUCCGAGUGGGCCAACCGGAGAAAACUCGCCUGCUGACAUCACUUGCGAGGGCUUGGCCCCCACUGCCACCAACAACAGCCCCUACAGCAAGGAAACAGCUUCCUUUAAAAACAUGGCAGGCUACUAUUCCCUCUACACAAGCCCUUGAAUGUAUUUGCCUCUCAUGAAGACUGCCCGUCCUGCAGUUUACUUCUGUUUCUGUUGGCAUUUUGGGGCUUUUGCUUCGCCAUCACCACAAAUGUGAAACUCAGAUUUAUUUCAGUUGUUAUUCUGUUUGUCAUAACAGAUUAUUCUCUUGUUUGCAUUUGUAUUGCUUGAAAGUGAAACUGCUUUUUUUAUGAUUCUAGACCUGUGAGAAAACGUGCGUGGGGGCGGAGAGUGUGAAGGCAACACAAUCUUGAAAUGCAUUAAGCGUUCACAUCUUUGUGAAGCUCACAUGUUAAAGUCGACCCACAAUUGUACAAUUUACUCUGUAUUUAGAAUUUUAAAAGUGCCAAAGCAACCGUUUUUGUUGCCAAGUUUGUUCUGCAUUGUCAAACAUGUUUUUAUUGUUUAUGUACACUAAUGUACCCUACCUGCCUUCACAUUGAAGUUCUGUGUUUACAAACGCUUUGUUAUUGACACUGAAGGCUAUGUCAUUUGCGCACUAUUUAA